CCACAGUGCCGCAUCCUUGUCCCUCCCAUUGCUCCGGAAGCGCCCCCCUCCUCCCCCUCCCCCUCCUGUCCCCUGCUUGCCCGCCCUUUUCCCUCGCCCCCGCUGCCGCGCGCCCCUUGUCUCGUCUUCCUUUUUUCGUUCCCCUCCCGCGGCAUCCGGCCACAUGAGCCAGGCCUGGUUCCAGCCCCCGGCCGGGCGUGCGCCUGUCUCCGCCACGGCCGACGUCUUGGCCUCCCUCGGGGGCUCCCUCCUGUCGAGGGCAGCGGAUGAUGCCCCGAAGCAGGGCGACGAGCAGCGCCCGGCCGCGGUGGCCGGCCCGCCGUCCAGCGGCCCCGAUCUCCCGGGGUCCGGUUCAUUCGCCGGGCUCCUGAGCGGACCGGGUUAUUUCCAGCGCGAACAGCAACGCCAGCGCGAGCACCAAUUCCGACACUUCGAAGAGCAGCAACAGCGCCUGCGCCAGCAGCAGCAACAGCAGGAACUCCUGGCUCGGAGGACUUUCCUCUCGCAGCGUGUCGAUGGGACCCUGGUAUGCCGGGGACUGGCUCGCUGUGGGCUGCUCUCAUCGGCCUGCACCGGCGCCUUCAUGCUUCUUCGCUGCACCGAGCUGUCGGCCCUCUCGCGAGCGACCCUCCUGGCCCUGACGAGCGCCAUCUAUUUGGAAGCCGGAGAUCGCCCUAUGUCCCGGCACCUCCGGGCCCAAAUGCGGCGUCUGUUCGAGGCGGACCCCGAACUCGGGGGCGCCCACUUCCCCACGGCGGCCGAUCUGUACCGCGCGGCGCAGGACGACGUGGCCGUCGGCCUGGAUGGGGUGGAUGAUCCGGCCGUCGAUCAGGCCAUCCUCUUUGUGGAUCUGGUCGAAGCCGGGGACCUCGGGCUGGAUGCCGUCUGGUGGGGCGGCUUGCGCGAGUCCGUCAUCCACAUGCGCGAAAACAUGGCCAUGAGCCGCGGCGCUGAGGCAAUCAGUUUGAUCGAGGAAAUUCUCUUUGCCUGUCCCGUCGCUCUGGAGCUCUGGACCCUGCUUGGGCAGCUGUACAGCUCCUUCAUUUUGAGCAUGCCCUCGGCCACCAUCGGCGACGGGGCCAAUUUCAUCCUGCACCGGACUUCCCGACUGGGAUCCUUUGCCGGGAUGCUGCCGCCCGGGUGUGGCCCGGAGCAGGCCAGCUGCCCGGUUCGAUGUGCUUGUGACCCCCAGCACCGGGCCAAUGCCCCGGGACAGUGGCGCUGUCCGGUGGCUGACCCUCGGACCGAGGGCUCGGCGGAUCCCUGCUUGCGAGCAAUCCCGCCGGUGAGCUACUCAUCGUGCGUGUGCGAUGCCACGGUCCAUCCGGUCCCGGUCCCGAGCCCGGGCACGGCCGCGGCCAACCCCGCGGCCGCGAGCCUACGCCCACCGGACUUCCAUUUGGCCGACUGGGAAGUCACACACUCCGGACCCGGGGCCAUCCUCUGGCGGAGCAUCCUCCCCCGAGGGUUGAGCUUCUGCCCGGCCCUGCGUGCUGGUAUCGCGCGGAACUGGCUCAUUGCGGCGGCCGGCGUGGCACUCGACUCGGACCCGGACUCUGUCAUUGCGGCCACCGAGCACUUGGUGGCCCUCUUCCCGGAGCACCCGCACUUCCUGGUCGCUCAAGCUGAGGCCCACCUCCGAUGCAGCUCGGUGUGCUCGACCACGCUCUGCUCGACCCUGGAUGUGCCUUUCGGUCGGUACAUCUGCGAACCGGCCACCCCGGCCCCGGGGAAUGGCACGGAUCCUGUGGGGCCGCUCAUCAUGGCCGAGGAUGGGUGGCAUGCCCUGGAGGGCCUGCCGGCCGCCAGUGCACGGCGCGCCGCAUCCAUGAUCCUCCAGCGUCUGGAUUCCCUGUAUCCCGGUGCCAUGGCCGGCAUCGGCCGGGUGGCCAUUGGCGCGUCAUUUGCCGAGGAGGAUAUCUUCCGUCUCCUCUCCCGGGUGUCACUCAUGGACAAUGGCUGCCCGGAAAAGUGGCUCGUGGCCGGGGCCUGGGCAGCGCAGGGUACUCGCGACCUGCCGGCCCUGCUGGCCGCAGUGGAGGCCCUCGCGCGGCUGACCCCCGAAGAGGCCGGAGGCAAGCUCCCGAGCGCCGGGCCACCCCCCCAGGCCCGGGUGUGUCCCCUGCCAAGCAGCCUGCUUUUGACCAACGAUCCCCUGGUCCGGGCACAUCAGCUGGCGGCCGCCGCGCUGGUUGACCGGGCCCGGCAAACAUCGACCGAUGCCAUCUCCGCCGCCCGGCGCGGGGUCGAUGUCAACCAGGCGGCCGCGGCCGAGAGCGUCACGGCCGACACCGAGGCGGCCAUUGGCCAUGCGGCGUCGGCUCGGGCCCUGGCCCCGGGGCUGGCCUGGACACAGGUGAUGCUUGGUGUGGCGCUGGCCGCACGGCGGUGCUUCGCCGCCGCGCGCGCCGUCCUCCGCCACGGCGCCGGGUCCGGACUGACACUCGGCCUGACGGCCCCGGCGGCCCCGGGCAGCACGACCCACCUGCCGGUCCUGUCGCGCGGGCUCUUCCGCCUGCACCCGGGCGUGGUCUCGGCCUACGUGCGCCUGGCGUUGCACCUGACGGCCCAGACCUUCGACACAUCGGUGCCCAUCGAGCGCGAGGAAGCUCGCCAGGCCACCUACCAUGAGAACGAGUGGCUGGACAUGGACUAUCUGGUUUUGUCGAUGGCCCGCCAGGGGCGUGGCCGUGUUGGCCGGGCGGAUCUCAUCGGCCUGGCGGCCAUGCUGGCCGGGCGCCGGCUCGGCCCGGUGACCGCGCUCAAAAUGUGCGUCCUUUCGCCAUCCGGUCGUGUUCUGCCCCAUAUGCGGCCGGGCCUCCUGCCACUGCCUGGGGGUUUCCUCCUGGGUGCUCUCCAACGGUGACUCACGCGUCUGGCCUCCUGGCUGUCUUUCUUUUUUUCUAGCAUGUCCGAGUUUUUCGACGAUCAAGAUGCACAGCCGGGCCUCGGGGCACCGGUCGGCUUGUAUAUCAUGCUCGGCGAGACGCACACCCUGCUCAUGAAGCUCGUUGGGUCCGGGGUUUUGGAGCCGGUGGUCCCGGUGGACCAGGAGAAUGAGCAGCCCCCGGAGGCCGAUGGCUCCCGGCCAGGAUCCGGCCCCUCCGAGUGGCCGAAGUCGGAAGAGGAGCACUUUACUCUGGCCCUGCAGGCAUACAGCCUGGCCCUGUCCCACUCGACGGGCGACCUGCGUCCGCGCAUCACCGCGCGCAUCGAGCUGCUCAACUCCCUAUUGGCAACUCAGCGCCGGAUUCCGAUUGAAUAGACCUCUCUUUCUUUGGUAUAUGGUCGUGAAAGG